CUUCUCCGUUGCCGACCUGUCCGAAAACUCAAGUGUGGGGAACGACAGUAGUAUCUACGCCCAUGACAUGGAUCGUAUGAAUACAGCACGGGGGAAGCUGAUAAACCGCCUGUCGUUGGAGGCGGCUGGAUCAUCACUGCGGUUCGCGUACGGGAACGAGACGUACACGGAUCCGCAGAUCAACUCACAGGCGAUGUAUGGACUGGUGCAGUGCUCGAGGGACUUGGCACCCAGUGAGUGCAUCAAGUGUGUAGAUGACGCGCACAGGUGGGUGACGAUAUCUGUUCCUAACAGCACUGCUGGUAGCUUCAAGGGGUACAGCUGCUAUGUGAGAUACAGCACGGAUCCGAUGGAGAUCACCACCGCUCCUCCAGGUUCAGUAUUUCCCCUUCCCUUUAUAAGAUUAGAUUCGUGCAUGUGUUGCAUAUAGGCAACAAAUUAAGUCAUGCGUUUGUAUCAGGAGCUGCAUCAAUUUCGCGGAGCUCAAAGUGUAGAAAACGGCAACUGAUCAUUGGCAUGUGUGCGGCUGCUGGUUCAGCCUUGUUGUUGAUCGGCCUAGGCACCUAGGUAUGGUUCAUCAUGCAUCGGCGGGAUAAAAGGAUUGAGGAGAUGGAAGAAGACUUGUUCGAUGAUGAGGCAAUGGCGAACGAUUUCAGGAAAGGGACAGGAGGACCCAAGCGAUUUCGCUAUAAUGAACUGGCUACGGCCACGGGUAACUUCUCAAACAGCAGAAAGCUCGGAGAAGGAGGUUUUGAUUCUGUAUACAAAGGAUUCGUCAAGGACUCGAAGCUUGAUGUGGCAAUAAAAAGAGUGUCCAAGAGUUCAAAACAGGGGAGGAAGGAGUAUAUCUCCGAGGUGAUGACCAUUAGCCGGCUUCAGCACCGCAAUCUCGUGCAACUCAUUGGCUGGUGCCAUGGCGGCGAGCUCCUUCUUGUCUAUGAGCUGAUGCCCAGUGGCAGUCUCGACAGUCACCUUUACAGUACGCAGGAUGUAUUGACGUGGCCGGUCAGGCAUGAGAUAGUGUUGGGGAUCAGCUCAGCGCUUCUGUAUUUGCACCAAGAGUGGGAGCAAUGUGUAUUGCACCGGGACAUCAAGCCGAGCAACAUCAUGCUGGACACGUGCUUCAGCGCCAAACUUGGCGACUUCGGGCUCGCAAGGCUCGUUGACCAUUGCCAUGGGUCGCACACGACAGAGCUCGCCGGCACCAUGGGGUAUAUGGACCCGGACUGCAUGGUGACAGGCAGGGCCACCACCGAGUUAGACAUCUACAGCUUUGGCGUCGUCCUACUCGAGAUAGCCUGUGGACGCAGGCCUGUCGUGGUCCUGCCAGAUGACAGUGUGAUCCACCUGGCUAAACGGGUGUCAGAGUUGUGCAGCCAGGGAAGGGUCCUUGACGCUGCGGACUCAAGGCUGAUCGGGGAGUUCGACGUCCGGGAAAUGGAAUGCGCGAUCAUCGUCGGGCUCUGGUGCACUGCCCAUGACCGGAGCCUGAGACCUUCCAUUAGGCAGGCCACCAGCGUGCUAAGGUUCGAGGCUCCACUACCGAGCCUCCCCACAAGGAUGCCGGUUGGCCCACCAGGCUCUCUUCUUCCAUCUUUGCUUGUUUCUGAUGACCAUAGCAAUUAA